CUACAUUUUUCCAUUUCCUCUUACUUUUCCUUUUUAUUGCAUCUGAUUUGCAAAUAACAAUAAAAAGGAAAUGGAGUUUUCUUAUCUACAGGCCUCAAUCGCCCUAAUUGCCUUAGCUGCCAUUGCCGAUGAGACAUAUUUCGGACAGGCCGCUUGUGAAUCUGAUUGCAUUAAAGAGUUUCUUGCUGCACAUAACGCAGCCCGAGAAACUGUUGGCGCUCCACCGGUUAAGUGGAACUCCACCUUAGCAGACUUUGCCGAAUCUUAUGCCACCAAGAGGUCCGCUGAUUGUGCGGCGCAACACUCACAAGGGCCGUAUGGAGAAAAUAUUGCGAUGGCUUCUGACGAAUUGUCUCCGGCGGAUUCUGUGAAGUUGUGGAUGGAUGAGAAGCCAAACUAUGACCAUGCGUCAAAUUCUUGUACCAGUGGAGAGUGUCACCAUUAUACGCAGGUGGUUUGGCGUGACACCGCGAGUAUUGGUUGUGCUAGGGCUACGUGCAAGACUGGUUGGAUGUUUGUCACCUGCAACUAUUACCCUCCGGGCAACUAUGUGGGCGAACGUCCAUAUUAAAGACAAUUUUCUUUCUUGAUUAUUAGUAUGAUCUUGUGAAAUGCAGACCGUGCAUUAUACAAAAAAAAUAUAAAUAUUUAAAAACUACAAUAUUAUCACUAAUGUAUUAACAUGAAACAAAUAUUGAAAAAAAUAUAAAUAUUUAAAAACUACAAUAUUAUCACUAAUGUAUUAACAUGAAACAAACAUGAAACAAAUAUUGUUUCAUGCAGGGAUGUUGAUUCAAUUCAAUUUUGAACUUUUUCUUUUCCUUGCUGGCUAGCUAUACUUGAUUUUUUUCUGGAUUCGUGUAUACUACUCAGUAUCCCACCAUUGUGAGUUCAAUCAUACUUGUAGAGUAAAUAUAUUUCCAAUAUUAAUACUCAAUAUUAAAAUCUUAGUUGUAUUAAAAAUUUUUACAAAUGGUUAAUGAAAUUUGUAA